AUGUCAAGCAUAUUCGAGCACUUUCAGUCAAAGCUUAAAGAGAGAGGCAUUACUUCUCAAAAUUUACUUCGUGCAACUUAUAUUUUCGUUGGCUUAAACGUGGUGUGAAUUGGAACUCUGUGAACUUUUUGUUUUAUUGUUAGUCCAACCAAAAAUAUACAAUCCUCAAUUAAUAAUAUAUUUUUAUUUUAUUUUGAAAAUAUUCCAAUGGAUAAUAAAAAAGAUAAGGAUCCCCCCCCUCAUUUGUCCAAUUCUCUAGUCUUUUAUCAUUUGUCCAUUUUUCUAGUUUUUUUUAUAUAGGAAAAAAAAGUUUUUAGGACCUCAUUUGUCCAAUUUUCUAGUCAAAAUUUUGAUAGAAAAAAAAUUUUUUUCAGGACCUCGAUUGUCUCAUUUUCUAGUUUUUUUACAGUAAAAAACUAAAAUUUAGGACAUUCGAAAAAUCCAAAAAUGACUAGAAAAUGGGACAAAUCAUUUUUGACUAGAUUUUGGGACAAAUGAGAUCCUGGAAAAUUUUUUUUCUUAGAAAAAAAAAACCUAGAAAAUUGAACAAAUGAGGGGGGAUCCUUAUAUAGUAAGUAAGCUACCUUGGCAAUUUGUUAAAAAUGCGUUUGCAAAGGUUGAAUAUAAAGCAAAUGCUCAGAAACACCCUAAACGUCUUCCAGAAGAGAAAAGAGGAAGGCUUAGUAUCUCGUUUGUAGAGAUGCUUGUAAUGAAAGGAUUAUUAGGACCAGUGGCAUUGCCCAUAAAAUUAUGGCUUGCAAUUAAAUUGACUAAUUUUUCCCAGACUGCACCUCCCAAUUCUACACAAUAG